CAGUCUUUGUGAGAACAAACAUUUUUGUAUUGUGGUUAAAUGGUUAUAGUUAUUUGAAAUUCAUAGCCAAAAUAAUGUUAUGAGAUCUUUAAAACUAGGGACUAGUCCAAAUAUCCCAAGUGGUAGAAGUAUAUUUUAAUCAUACAAUCCAACAAAAUGACAUGAGUUAGAUCAACCCAAGGGAAAAACUAGCCGUUGGAGAUCAUUUAGUAUUAGCCAAGACAGAGAGAGCCUUUGUUCCACCCACCAACCUCUUAUUGCCAUCACCUGAUCUGUCUCCUCUUUCUUUCUCUUUCUCUCUCUCUCACUAGAAGAUAAAAAGAACACAAAGAUUCUCUCUCUCUAAGAUGGUCACGUGUUGUGUUCUUUUCCAACUAAACCCAAACCAUCUCUCACUUUACAAAACUCUUUCAAACCCUGUUACAUCCUCCUCAAAACUGCCCAUUAAUUAGGAAUCUCAUUCAACCUUCUUCAUCUUCCCAUGGAGUUUACUACCAAAAGUCAACCCUUUGAUCAGCCUCAGGCUUCACUUCGAAGCCGCUUUUUCCUUCACCUAAUCAUGUUCCUCCUUUUCUUUGUUUCUACCGGAUCAAGCCAAGCCUGGGACGGUGUAGUGAUCACACAAGCUGACUACCAAGGUCUCCAAGCGGUCAAGCAAGAGUUUAUUGACCCAAGAGGCUACUUGAGAAGCUGGAACGGUUCUGGUAUAAAUGCUUGCUCUGGAGGUUGGGCAGGAAUCAAAUGUGCUCAAGGUCAAGUUAUAGUGAUUCAGCUUCCAUGGAAGUCUCUUGGAGGUAGAAUCUCUGAGAAGAUAGGACAGCUUCAAGCUCUACGUAAGCUUAGUCUCCAUGACAACAACCUAGGAGGCUCUAUCCCAAUGUCUUUAGGACUCAUUCCUAAUCUCAGAGGAGUUCAGCUUUUCAACAACCGUCUCUCCGGCUCCAUCCCUGCUUCUCUAGGUCUCUCUCGUUUCCUUCAAACCCUUGAUCUCAGCAGUAACCUUCUUUCUCAAGCUAUUCCACAGAAUCUUGCUGACUCUACUAAGCUUCUUAGGCUUAACCUCAGCUUCAACUCACUCUCUGGUCAAGUCCCAGUGAGUCUCACUCGUUCUUCUUCUCUUCAGUUUCUUGCCCUUGACCACAACAACCUCUCUGGUCCAGUCUUAGACACUUGGGGUAGUACUAAUAACACUUCUCCUAGUCUCCGUGUCUUGUCUCUUGACCACAACUCUCUCUCUGGUCCAUUCCCAUUUUCACUCUGCAAGUUACUUCACCUACAAGGCUUCUCCCUUAGUCAUAACAGGAUCAGUGGAACCCUACCUUCCGAGUUAAGCAAACUCACUAAGCUUAGAACAAUGGAUGUUAGUAGUAACAGUGUCAGUGGCCAGAUUCCUGAAACUCUAGGGAACAUUUCUUCUCUUACACAUCUUGAUUUGUCUCAAAACAAACUCACCGGAGAGAUUCCUGUUUCAUUGACUGGUCUUAAAAGCCUUACCUUCUUCAAUGUCUCUUACAACAACUUAUCUGGACCUGUUCCUACACUCUUAUCCCAAAAGUUCAGUUCCUCCGCUUUUGUCGGAAACUUACAGCUUUGUGGAUACAGCGUUUCCACCUUGUGUCCUACUCUAAAUCCUCCUUCACCGUCACCUCGUAUGAGUCUGAGUACCAAAGACAUCCUCCUCAUUGCUUCUGGAGCACUCAUCAUAAUUCUGGUUAUCCUUGUAUUUGUUCUCAUCUGUUGCUUGCUGAGGAAGAAACAAGACAAAUCCAAACCUAAGGGCCUAGAGGCAGGACAAGGAGCUGCAGCUGCAAAGACGGAGAAAGGAGGAGAAGCUGAAGCUGAAGGAGGAGACCCUGGAGGGAAGCUAGUUCACUUUGAUGGGCCAAUGACGUUUACAGCAGAUGAUCUUCUGUGUGCAACAGCAGAGAUUAUGGGGAAAAGUACUUAUGGAACAGUUUACAAAACUACACUCGAAGAUGGAAAUCAAGUUGCGGUGAAGAGGUUGAGAGAAAAAAUCACCAAAAGUCAGAAAGAGUUUGAGAAUGAGAUAAAUGUAUUGGGACGAAUCAGACAUCCGAACCUUCUUGCACUUAGAGCUUAUUACUUGGGACCCAAGGGAGAGAAGCUUGUGGUCUUUGAUUACAUGACUAGAGGCAGUCUUGCCACUUUCCUCCAUGCAAGGGGACAAGAUGUUCGUAUCAACUGGCCUACAAGGAUGAGCUUAAUAAAAGGAAUGGCUCGUGGGUUGUUCUACCUUCACACGCACGCAAAUCUCAUCCAUGGAAACCUAACAUCAAACAAUGUACUUUUGGAUGAGAACCUCAACGCAAAGAUCUCAGACUACGGUCUUUCAAGACUAAUGACAACAGCUGCAGGAUCAAGCGUGAUUGCAACAGCUGGUGCGUUAGGUUACAGAGCACCUGAGCUUUCAAAGCUGAAGAAAGCCAACACGAAAACCGAUGUGUAUAGCCUUGGUGUGAUCAUAUUGGAGCUUUUGACUGGCAAGUCUCCGAGCGAGGCUUUGAACGGUGUGGACUUGCCUCAGUGGGUUGCUGCUGCGGUCAAAGAAGAGUCGACUAAUGAGGUUUUUGAUGUGGAGCUGUUGAAUGAUGUGAACACUGUGGGAGAUGAGAUGUUGAAUACGCUUAAACUGGCUUUGCAUUGCGUGGAUCCUGCACCGUCAGCACGACCUGAAGCUCAACAAGUUAUGACACAACUCAGAGAGAUUAGACCUGAAGAGACGUCAGCAACAACAUCUGAACCGUUGAUUGAUGUUCCUGUAGCUUCUGCUUCCACAAGUCAAUAGAUAAAGAGUGGAGAGUUUUGGUAGUUGAUGCAAUUCUUUGAUUCUUCAAGUAGUUUUGAAUUUUUAGCCAUUUUGUCUUUAGUUUGUCUGUAUAUUGGCUAUGCUUCACUGUCAUCAAACAGAGUUCUCUGUUUUGUCAAUCUUGACUCGAAAGACAUGAUAUAAAUUCAAAGUUGCAGAGAAGCUUAAUCGUUUAACUUAGGAAGUGUGAAAGAGUGACAAAGUUAAAACGUUUCUGCGUUAUUACUGUAUUUCAAAUGCUAUAAAGAGAGAAGACUGAUGGAAUACAUUCAAAGUUGCAUAGAAGCUAAUUGUUUAACUUAGGAAGUGUGGAAGAGUGACUAAGAUAAAACCUUUCUGCUUAAUUACUGUAUUUCAAAUGCUAUAAAGAGAGAAGACUGAUGGAAUACAUUCAAAGUUGCAUAGAAGCUAAUUGUUUAACUUAGGAAGUGUGGAAGAGUGACUAAGAUAAAACCUUUCUGCUUAAUUACUGUAUUUCAAAUGCUAUAAAGAGAGAAGACUGAUGGAAUACAUUCAAAGUUGCAUAUAAGCUAAUUGUUUAACUUAGGAAGUGUGGAAGAGUGACUAAGAUAAAACCUUUCUGCUUAAUUACUGUAUUUCAAAUGCUAUAAAGAGAGAAGACUGAUGGAAUACAUUCAAAGUUGCAUAUAAGCUAAUUGUUUAACUUAGGAAGUGUGGAAGAGUGACUAAGAUAAAACCUUUCUGCUUAAUUACUGUAUUUCUGAUAAUUUACAAUGAGUGUUUUACAAAUGAUUUUAUAGAUGAGAAGAGAAGAGAAGAGAACAAGUUGGCUAUCAUUUUUUUUUUUUUUUUUUUGAGCAAAACAAGUUGGCUAUCCUUGUGUAGAUGACACAACUGUAAAGAUUGGAUAUAAACAAUUUAGAAUGUCUUCUUUUGCAGGUUCAAAAAUCUUGAUUUCGAUCGUUGUUGUUUGCUGUCUUUAACUAGGCUCUAAGUUUGGGCCUUUGUUUUUAAUUUGGACUUUAUUUAUUGAACCUGAUGGUCACUUACAGGAAGCACAAAGGGGCAAAGAAUAAGAUUCAACUAUUACGGUCAAAGUUUCAUUUUAUACAUAUAAUUUAAGAAUUAUAUAAAAAUAAUACUAUCUCCGUUUCAAAUUAUUUGUCGUUUAGAGUAAAAUUUUUGUUUCAAAAUAAAUGUCGUUUUAUAAUU